GCUGCUCUGCGCAUGCCCACUCGGCAGAGCGCGAGCUAGGAGUUGCGGUGGGGAAACAAACUUUGCCCCGGAGAUGUCUCCAGCUCGUUCUUCCCCGGAGCCUGUCAGAAACAGUCUGAUAGAUGAUGCGAAGGCCCGCUUAAAAGAGCAUGAUGCUGGGACCAGAUACUCUCAUUUGUCGUAUGACAAAUACUCCGUCCUUUUACCGUUGCUGGUGAAAGAAGGAAAACUCCAUUUGUUGUUCACCCUCCGGUCGGAGAAGCUACGCAGGUCUCCUGGAGAAGUUUGCUUUCCUGGAGGCAAGUGUGAACCCACAGAUGUGGAUGAUGUGGCCACGGCUGUCCGGGAAGCCCAGGAGGAAGUGGGGCUGUGCCCCCGUCAGGUGGAGGUUGUCUGCCGCCUGGUGCCGUAUCUGCUUGAGAGAGAUACGCUGAUAACCCCCAUUGUAGGAUUCAUAGACCACAAGUUCCAGGCCCAGCCCAAUCCCGAUGAGGUGAAGAAGGUGUUCCUGGUGCCUCUGGAAUAUUUCCUGCAUCCGCGGGUCUACCACCAGAGUCACAUGACGCUUUCUGGCCAUGAUGUUGUUGUUCACUGCUUUGAGUACAGACAUCCUGAAGAUGGCGUCACCUACCAGAUCAAGGGAGUAACGGCGAAACUUGCCCUGUUCGUGGCCUUAAUUAUUUUGGGGAAAAAACCCACCUUCGACGUUGAAUUUAAUCUCAGCGAUCUAAUGUCAUCCUCUGAAGAGGUCUUCCUGAAGCGGCAUAAACGUGCUACAAGCAAGUUAUGAUUUGUGAGACGAACAUCCAGAUAACUAAGAGGAUUUGGUGUGUGCUUAUCCACAAGGACAACAAUAACGCCAGCUGUGGGAAAUGGACGGGCGCGAGUAUCGUUCCCGCAGUAUGAAGGUAAAAGAUACCUUGCCUUUUCCCACUUGCCCUCUGUUACCCGAAAGAGCAAAAGGUCUUUCAAAAGUGGAAAAAUGUGAGGGGCGCCUGGGGGCUCAGUCGGUGAAGCAUCCAACUUCAGCUCAGGUCAUGAUCUCGUGGUCUGUGAGUUCGAGCC